AGCCACAGGAAGGCCGCACGGCCCCGAGCUGCAAAAGCGCCCCGGCCCCGAGGCGCCCCGCGGAGUCGCGCCCGCCCCCCCGCGCUCGGCGGGCCCGCAUCUGCGCCACCGCCAUGGCGGCGGGCCCCGCGUCGGACGAGCUGGCCGCGCUCGGCGCCAGGUUGGCCGCGUGCGAGGCGAGAGUGGGCGCGCCCGCGGCCGGGUCGGCCCAGGCCCCGGCCGGCGGCUUGGCGGCCGCGGUAGCGGAGCUGACGCGGCAGGUUGACGCCGUUUUCAAGCAGGACCAGAGGCUGGCGGACUUCGAGCAGAACAUCGCCACGCUGGACCAGAUAAGCGGCGCGGACCGCGGCGCGGGCCCGCGGGCCCUGCUGCACGGCGGCGUCAAGCAGAGCUACGUGGCACAGCAUGCGGGCCAGCUGCGCGAGUUCGCCAGGUGCCUGAAGGAGGUGGAGAGCCUGGAGCGCUACAUUGCGCCCCCGCCGUCGCUGGAGCUCCCGAGGCACGAGCAGGAGCUGAGGCGCAUCGAGGCGGGUCGGCGGGGCGCCCGGCGUCCUUGGGGCUGGCACGAGGUCGGCGGGGCGCCCGCAGA